AUGUUGACUCCUGUUAUUGACAACGGCAGGGAAGACGCUGUCAAGGGCCCUCUUACCAUUGUUGAUACGAACGAAGGGGCGAAUGAGCCGAGCAAGUCCGGCAGGUUGCUGACUUGCGGUUCGAACGCGCGUGGUUGGCUGCGUGCUUCCGCAUUCCACAGCGCCUCGUUGUCGAGUCCGAGUCCAGUGCGACUGCGUGAGUCGCUGAUGAGAUUCCUGUCACCAAUCAGAGUCCACCAAGGCCAAACUUCAAGUCAUGCCCAAUUCCACAAGAUUCGUGAGCUGAUUGAGGCUUCCUCUCCAGGCCAGGAUUGCCUUGCCUCUGAGGGCACGUUCUGCGCAAUAACCAAGUUGGGCAUGAUUAGCGGCGUGGGGGAUUGGGAUUGUUUCCAGAUGGUUCGGAAUCCAGCGGACGGAAGUGUUGAGCCCGGCCUGCCGCAAGGUCCUCUCUGCAGGUCCCGCUCGCCAUGUCGUUGUUGCAUGGUAGACCAGACAUUGUACCUCUGCCAGCUGGCCAUCCUGCCAGGAAACCCGGCCCUGGGGUUGGGUCGUGGGGUGCCUCUGUUCACAGCCACACUUGAGCUGCUGGCAUCAUCGUCCGCGCAGACGGCAGGGUGGUGUCCACGGGUGCUUGUCAGCGGCACACGCUUGGCGAUUCCAGAUUCUGGUACCUGUAUGGUCUGGUGUUCCUCGUGGUGCUCGCCUUGGGGGGUUGACCUUGGUGAGGCACGCGGCGGCAAGACGCCGUACACCAACGAACGGGUGGAAUGCUCUGGGGAGGCAGAGGGGGCCUCCGCUGGAGAGACCUUGAGCUUUGCGGCCGGCUACCAAUCCCGUGACAAGGGUGGGCCGGAUAGACGAGCACCAGACUGUCUGGCGGGCGGCGGUUUGCAUGAAUGGCAUUUUGUCGAGCAUGCGAGAUACCACGGGCCGUGGUGGCACGCGAUGCAACCCCGCGUGGCCUCGAUGCUGACUUUGUGCAAGAGCGACCAUGCAGACCCCGCCAACCAACAACCAUCACGCGUUGUGGCCAACACUUGAGAGCAACGAAAGCAACACACGCAGACUGAAGAGCCCAUCUCGGCUCUCUGGACGCCUUGGCCAAGGACGACGGACCGCAAGUCUGGCUGGGCGAGGCGAUGGCAUCGUCGACUCGUCUACACCACCUGGACGGGCGACCACAACGUUGCGCUAACGAGUUGCGCCGAUGCUGCACGUCUAAUCC